GCAAGUCGACUGCUGGCCGCGUAACAGUAAACACACCGCCGAGCGGACGUACACGGAGCGAAAGAAGGUGGCAGUUCCAUGGAAUCGAGCUACCACGAAAGAGUUAUUGUCUGUUAGAAACACCAGCGCAGCAGCAGCAGCAGCAGUACAAAUAUUGUGUGCCGUCCGAAGAGAACAGCUGAGCCACACGCUGUUUUUUUAACGCUGUCCCGUUCUGCGGCACUUGCUGUUUGUUAUCCGUAGCCGUCGUGUGUCGUCGUCGUAUUUGAACUCUCUUUUUGUUACUGUGCAUAUAUUUUUGAAUUCUCUGUGCUGCACUCAGUGCACAGGGAAAAGUGUUAGAAUUAGCAGAUCAUCAAGACAUCUGCUAACCUGUGAUUUCCAACACACCCGAAGGCAAAUUGGCAACAAGUUACCACCGAUCAAAUCUCGCCACAAUGGAAAAAUCCAGCUUAACGGAGAAGAAUCACACCCAAGUGUACAAUGACACAACGAAGCCAAAGAAGCCCAAGCGUCGCGACAAGAGCGAUCUGGGUCCGGAUUUUGUGGCGCCCGACGGGGGAUGGGGCUGGGUGGUCUGUCUGGCAGCCGGUUUGAAUAACUUCUUCCUUUUCCCGGCUCUGCAGCAGUAUGGCCUGAUCUACAGGGUGCGGAUGCAAUCCCUGGGCUUCGAUGCCAAGCAAACCACGACCAUUGUGAACGUGGUGAUGGCAAUCUCCUCGCUAGUGGGCAUUGUCAAUGGCGCCAUGUUCCGGCGGUUCACAUUCCGUCAGGUUGCCCUGACCGGCACCAUUCUGGCCUUCCUGGGCAUCUUCUUGUCGGCCUUUUGCACCACCUUCUGGCAGUAUAUCAUCUGUCUGUCGGCGAUAUUUGGUAUCGGCUUGGGUCUUGCCAUGGCCGCCACCUCUCUGGCGGUCAAUACGUACUUCAAGCUGAAGCGGCGUCGUGCCACUGGUUUCUCGUGGACGAUCACUGGCCUGGGUCCCAUAUUCUUUCCGCAGGUGUCCACCAUCCUGCUGGGCUACUAUGGAGCCCAGGGCACUAUUCUGAUCUACGCUGGAAUCGCCAUGAAUGCCAUUCUCUGCGCUUUGACCCUGCAACCCGUGCUUUGGCAUGUGAAGAAGCCCGAAAAACCGGUUCCCAGUAUAAUCGAAGGGAUUCCCGAGACGGAGAAGCUGCAACCAGAACUUUUGGAGGCCAAUGGCAAUCUGUUGUCGCCCAGCAAUGAUCCGUGGAAGGAUUACGAGUGCAAGUACUGUCAGUAUCAGAAACGUUCAAAGCGAGGCCUUUUCUCGUCCCAAUACCUCUUCAAUGUCGAUGAUCCCGAGAGGCCGGGGUACGAGAUCACCGAGCCAGGAACUCCCAUGUUGGCCCGUGCCAAUGACGGUUGGUUUGGAUCGAAGCUCUCCCUGACCUCGGAGAGCGCGGGCGGAGCUCGCUCUCGCACUCGUCAGGCUCUGAUGCGUCAGGUUUCAUCCAGAAGUCGUGAGAAUCUCGAUAGACUGGAACAAAAUCGCCAUGACCAGGCUCCAGACACUCCAUCCGCUGCGCCCUUGUACAAGCCAAACUACUUCAAUCGCGAGCGCGAGGACCUCGAUCGCUAUGCCAGCAAGACGAGCGUCUAUUCUCGGCCUGGUCAGGAUGAGCUCCUGCGCUGCACCUGUGCAGAGGACAAGGCACUGCUGCAAAAGACCGCCGAGUCGCUACACGUGGACCUGCUCAAUAAUUUGGCCGACGACGUUGCCGAGGAGGAGGCCAAGAAGCGCAUGACCUUCUUCCAGAAGGUGAGCAAGUUCUUCGAUCUGGAUCUUCUGCGGGACUUCACAUUUGUCAACCUGGCCGUUGGCAUGAGCAUCAUGAUGUUCGGCGAGAUGAACUUCUCGGUGCUGACCCCAUUCAUCCUGAACAGCUUUGGGUACACGGAUACACAGAUCUCGCUGGUGAUGUCGCUGCUGGCCUGCAUGGAUAUAUCGGUGAGGUUCCUCGCUCCGCUCGCCUUGGAGAAGGUGAAGCUGGAUAACCGUGUGCUGUUUGCCUUCGGCAUCCUGUGCAUCGCCGUGGGCCGCGUGGUGGUGGCCUUUACCGACUCCUACGAGGUCAUGAUCGGCGUCUUCCUGCUGAUCGGCUUCGGCAAGGCAUUCCGCACCAUCUUCUCACCUCUGAUAAUACCCAGUUACGUUCCGCUCAACCGCUUGCCAGCUGCAUCUGGUCUGCAGCUCAUCUUCAACACCAUAUUCUCGUUUGCCAUGGGCCCAAUUCUUGGUAUCUUGACGGAGGCCUACGGUUAUGCAGCCACCAUCCAUACCAUCAAUGCACUCACCCUCUUGGCCUUACUCCUUUGGCUAACUGAGUCCGUGGUGCGCCGCAUUUUGGGUAAACCCUCGCAAGGAUUGGGCCAAUAGAAGCCGCAUUCAUACUAAUCCGAAUUGAAAUUGCGACGAGUGGGAGCUCAAAACCUUCGUCGGAACUGAACUACUUGCAUAUGUCCAUCCCAGUGUGCGAGAUCAUGGCUAACUUGGAGCUGUAGACAUAACCUAGUCCAUAAUUCCCGGUCGAUGUGUGCGAAUAGUAUUACUUGAGCGUAAAGAUACCUAAGAAACAUAUCUCUUAACUAGCUCAUAAUCACCCAUCGCUACAUAAAUUUACGGUCCAUUUUUUUUUUAGCUUUUGAUACUCGUACUAUAAUAAUUGAAUGUACUUAGUGAUACGUUAUAAGUGUAAUAAUAUUGUUCCGCAGUUGAUAAAGAAAUAUAUAUAUGUAUAUUAGUUAGAAAAAAGUAUCGAAAUUGUGCAAAAGUUAAUACACUAUUGGUUAAGUGACUUAAUUGAAAUACACCAUGGUUUGAA